GUCGACGUGUGUGAAUGUGUCAGUCCUACUGAAGGGCCUACAGGAGGUGAUGGAGUCAUCACAACAGACUGGAUCCGGCCCGGGGAGUCCCUCCUCCUCUUCCUCCUCGCUCCAGAUCCGUCUCGCCCGACUGGAGGAGAGCGGCAGCAGCCCCGCCCCCAGCUCUGUGGCGGCGCUGCAGAUUCCCGUCCAGAUCCCGCUGCAGAUCACACAUCUGGCUGCAGAUUCCUCAGCAGCCGCCAGCGACAGUGAAACCAUCACUCUGAACACAGGAGCUCUGCAGACCUUCGAGAUUCUGCCUUCGUUCCACCUGCAGCCCACCGGCACCCCAGGGACCUACUACCUCCAGACGACGUCCAAUCAGGGCCUGCCGCUCAGCCUCUCCACCGGUCAGGGCCUCCCUCUCAGUUUGUCUGGUAACAGCACUGUUACCUUGACGACAGGCUCGUCCCCGUCGCCACACGAACACAUCAUCCUUCACAGCCUGUCGACGGACGGCCUCUGCUCCAGCGACGGUGUCAUCAUCCAGACGGUCACCUCUGACCCCGCCUCCUCCGACCCUCUUAGCCAAUCACAGCUGGUGGUGGAGACGGAGGGGCAGGGCCAGGAAAACCACCUCGACGCCACAAGUCUCCUGGAGAGUUCAGAGAGCGUCGUCACGGAAACACAGGAGCCAAUGACAGACGGCUUCACCGACAAGGAGAUGAGCUCCCCCUCUGUUGAGGAUCAAGUGGUGCAUUCUGGGAUAUCAUCUGGCAGCUCUGUGCUGAUUGUGUCACCCCCCAACAUCAGCAGCACACUGACAGAUCCAAUCUUAGAGAACCAGGAAGGUUCAGACUGAGCUGAACCUUCAUCUCCACGACGACAGCAGCGCUCUGAGUUGAACUGUGAGUUGAAGUCUGACGCUCGUCCCUGGUUUAAUCCAGGAUGUGAACAUUAAAAGAAACAGACUUCUGAAUCUGUCUGAAGCUUCAUGUGUUUGAAGCUUUGGUUUGAAACCCCCUGGAAGAAAUGUGAACGCUCCUCUCGCCCUCGGCCGUCAGCGACGUCCUCUCAGCUUCUACAGUGCCAAAGAGACUCUAAAGGCUGUGAUGGAAAUAUGGGCGUUUUCAUCAGGACAACCUUUUUUAAAAGAAGGAAGAGGAAAUAUUCUGAAUCGAAUGAAAAAUAAAUCCUGUCCAGAGCAAUUUGCUUGUUUUUUAAAGAGGACCCCGGGU